AUGCUGGUGACCUAUUUGGAAGCCAGCCGGGACCUUUGCGAGACGGACUCAAUUCUCUUUGGCGCCGCACUGGCAGUCUGCCGUAUUAUUGGCGCCAAACUUCCCGCGGCUGGACGUACUACUCGACAAAGUAGUGCUAUCCCAGCCUGGAGAACAAGAAUUGAAGAACGUAUCGCAAAGGCUAGGGCCCUCAUCGGCAGACUGAUAAGCUUCAGGUCAGGUAAUACGAGGCCGAGGAUUGUGCGCACCGUUAGGAUGGCGUUUGCUGGGACAAAUGUUAGUUUGUCCCAGCCGGAUAUAAUGCAAAAACUGACGGAGCGCAUAGAUGACCUGAAGCAGAGAAUCGCUGCUUGGGGAAAGCGAAUUCGGCGAUAUACCGAGAGGUCGACGCGGUUCAACCAGAAUCGUCUCUUCCAGAGUGAUCAGAAGAGGCUCUAUAAAUCAUUGGAGCGACCAGAGGUAAGUGGAACGGGCCCAGGACCGAAUCAGGCCGACACUGUCGCAUUCUGGCGUAGCCUGUGGUCAGAGCCCGUAAACCACAACGAGGGCCCUUGGACGGAAGUUGUGGCGAGCCAGUGUGCGGGUAUUACGCCUAUGGACCCCGUCAUCAUAACGCCGGAAGAUGUAGCUGAGGCGGUCCCUAGGGCGCCGAACUGGAAAAGUCUGGGACUCGACGGGCUGCAUCACUACUGGCUGAAGGGGUUCGUGCUUUUUCUAAUUUUGAUGUCAGAAUCUGUGCUGCAAGAUUUACAUCUUUAG